GACAAGCUUGUUUGUGGUUUAUAUGCAUUUGUUCCAAAGGAAGUUCUGCCUCUUGUGGUAAGUGCUGAUAGGAUAAACCUAAAGGAAGGUGAUAAGGAGUCAAGAAAUUCUUUAGCCCCAGCACCUCAGUACUGAUAUAAUACUGAUAAUUGUAAUCAUUUCUUUCACAAUGUGUCUUAUUUGAAUAAGCUGACGGUCACUUUUUUCUGCUGGAAACUGUUAAAUUAAAAUAUCCGAUAUGCGGUUUUAAAUACCUGUGUGUAUAACAGAUUUGCACUCCUCUCGAUUAAUUCUAUAGAAUUUUUGAUGUCACAGAGCCCUGUCUUACAGAGGAGAGAACAAAGUGGCAAGGAAAGAAAUGAAAAUAGGAUUUAGAGAGAAUAUUGAGUGGCCACCCUGCUGCAGUACGUUUAAACCGAGCUGGGCCAGGCACGUCAACUGUCUCUCUAGCAAGAGGCUCGGGCCUGAGAAGAUGCUUCCGGUUUCUCUACGGCUGAGGCGUGUAUUUUCUCCCAUAUCUUCCUCCAGGCGGCAGUGAUGGACUCGUCUCUCCUUCACUCGUUUCCCAACGUGUGAAGGCGGGGGGGGGGUGUCGUUGCCUCCGCGGCGCCCGAGCAAUUACAGUGCUUCGAGAAAGACUAGAGUGCCUUCGGCCCGGCGAGAGUGUCAAAAGCGCCGCUCUUUCGUGCCCGUUAUUCGUGCCUGCGCCGCGCGCUCUUCAUCAGCGCCGUGCCCGCGCCUUUGCGCGAUGCAGUGUGGGAAUGGCUGUGGCGCUGGGGUUGGCUGAAAGAGGCGGCCAGUCGAGGUUUAAUGUCCGCCAUGUUGGCCGUGGCGUACUGAGCAGACCGGGAGCGGCGAGGAGAGAAACCGGCGCCCUAGCCUGGCCGCGCCACCCGGCGCCGCUGGGACCCGCCUCGGAGCGAGCCCCGCCCCGCCGCGGGAGCCCCGGUCCCUCCAUGAGAGCUCUCGGCGGGGUCCGGCUCUCAGCUCGGAGCGCUCUCGCUGCCUCCCCCCCCUUUGCCGGAGCAGCAGCAGCCGCCAUAGCAGUUGCAGCCGCCGACGACUAACAUGAGCAAACUGUCGUUUCGGGCCCGGGCGCUGGACGCGUCUAAGCCGCUUCCCGUCUUCCGCUGCGAGGACUUGCCCGACCUGGCCGAGUAUGCCUCGAUCAACCGGGCCGUGCCGCAGAUGCCCACGGGCAUGGAGAAGGAAGAGGAGUCGGAACAUCAUCUCCAGCGGGCCAUUUCAGCACAGCAAGUAUAUGGAGAGAAACGGGAUAAUAUGGUUAUACCAGUCCCAGAAGCAGAAAGUAAUAUUGCCUAUUAUGAAUCAAUAUAUCCUGGAGAAUUUAAAAUGCCAAAGCAGCUUAUUCACAUACAGCGCCGAAUCCACGGCUCAUCUCGGACAGGGAACUCCAGCAGAACCCGCCUUCCCCGACCCGGAGGCCGAUCCCAGGUUCGCCGAAAAGCUUUUAGUUUGGAUGCUGAGCAACCGGAUUAUGAUUUGGAUUCAGAAGAUGAGGCCUUUGUGAAUAAGCUGAAGAAAAAAAUAGAUAUUUUUCCUUUGCAAUUUGAAGAAAUGAUAGAUAGACUUGAAAAAGGAAGUGGUCAGCAGCCAGUCAGCCUGCAGGAAGCCAAACUACUCUUGAAGGAAGAUGAUGAAUUGAUUAGAGAAGUGUACGAAUAUUGGAUUAAAAAGAGAAAAAACUGCCGAGGUCCCUCUCUUAUCUCAGCAGUGAAACAGGAGAAACGUGAUGGGUCCAGCACAAAUGAUCCUUAUGUUGCAUUUAGAAGGCGAACAGAAAAGAUGCAGACUCGAAAAAAUCGAAAGAAUGAUGAAACUUCUUAUGAAAAAAUGCUUAAACUGAGACGGGAUCUGAGUCGUGCAGUAACAAUUCUAGAGAUGAUAAAGAGAAGGGAAAAAAGCAAGAGAGAAUUGCUGCAUUUAACAUUGGAAAUUAUGGAAAAGAGAUAUAAGUUGGGUGAUUAUAAUGGAGAGAUCAUGUCUGAAGUAAUGAUACAUCGACAGCAUAUGAAGCCUACCUAUACAAUUCCUGUUGGAAUAGUUCCUAAUAGCACUCAGUUUAAACAUCAGGAAAAUAUGGAAUUGAAAGAAUUUAAAAUAAACAAGCAAGAGAAAGCCGAUGCUAUACGGCCGAAGAGAAAGUAUGAGAAGAAGCCCAAAAUUGUACCUUCAUCGGCUGCUAAUGCUUCUCAGCAGACAAUUCCUGCUUCACUGCCAAUCUUUAAUGCUAAAGAUAUGAAUCAGUAUGACUUUCCCAGCUCUGAUGAAGAUCCUCUUUCUCAAGUCUUUUCUGGCUCUUCUGAAGCUGAGGAAGAAAAUGAUCCUGAUGGGCCAUUUGCUUUCCGUAGGAAAGCAGGCUGUCAGUAUUACGCUCCUCGUUUAGACCAAACUGGUGACUGGCCUUGGAGUACUCCUAAAGGGGGAACGUUAGGAGAUGAGCGUUAUAGAUAUUGCUUAACCACCCUUACUAGGCCGCAAAGGUGCAUUGGGUUUUCACGUAGACGGGUUGGACGUGGUGGAAGGGUGCUCCUGGACCGAGCAUAUUCAGAGAAAAAUAGUGCAUUCUGUCAGCUGGAUUCAGAAACACUUUCCUCACACUCUUCAGUCAAUCAAAUUGCCAAUACCUCAGAAACAAAUACCUCGGACAGAUAUUUAUCUAAAGACCUCAGUCAGAUACUAGUCAAUAUCAAAUCACGUAGAUGGCGUCAUUUUAGGCCUCGGACACCAACCCUACAUGACAGUGAUAAUGAUGAACUUUCAUAUAGGAAAUUGCACAGGAGUGUUAAUCGAGCAGGCACAGCACAACCUGGGACCCAGAUAUGCAGUACCUCUAUUCAAAGUAAAGAUACCAGUGGUGCAGCACACUUUGCAUUUACAGCCGAACAAUACCAGCAUCAUCAACAGCAACUGGCACUAAUGCAGAAACAGCAGCUUGCACAAAUUCAUCAACAGAAAGCAAAUAGUAAUUCUGCGAACGCUUCACAGGGUUUUAGUUCCAAGACAUUGGAUUCUGUCAGUGCUCAGUUUGCUGCUUCAGCCUUGGUUACAUCAGAACAGCUCAUGGGAUUCAAAAUGAAGGAUGAUGUGGUGCUUGGAAUUGGGGUGAAUGGCAUCCUUCAAGCCUCAGGAGUAUAUAAGGGCUUACACUUCAGUAAUACCACGCCUACAGCACUUGUACAUACAAGCUCAUCAACAGCAGGUUCAGCCUUGUUACAGCCUUCAAAUAUAACACAGACUUCAAGUUCCCCCAGUGCACUGAGUCACCAAGUAACUGCUGCCAAUUCUCCAACAACUCAGGUUCUGUUUGGGAACAACAUUAGAUUAACUGUACCCUCAUCUGUUGCCACUGCAAACUCUAUUAAUACGCUCAAUGCACGGCACAUACCUAGGACUCUAAAUGCUGUUCCAUCAUCUGCCUUAAAGCUGGCUGCAGCAAACUGUCAGGUGCCCAAGGUACCAGCCUCAUCCUCUGUGGACACAAUACCAAGGGAAAACCAUGAAACAGAAAAGUCAGCACUGAACAAUAUAGCAGACAAUACAGUAGCAAUGGAGGUGACGUAGUUUCUAAAGUAACGAAACUUCAAUCUUUGGGAACUUGUUUAGGUGCUAUGCAUCAGUAGCAAUUUGAAUGCAAGGGAUGAUGGAAUGCAGCAUAUUGUAUUUCCAUGGCAGCUGUGGGGACUUGACAGCAAUGCACAUCUCUCAUGCUUUGGUUUUUCUAUUCUUACUGUUAAUAGGAAAAAAUCAAUACCUGUAAAUUAAGAUAACAGCAAUUAUCUGUACAAUACUGCGUAUUUGUAAUACCCUUGUAUAUAUGUUACUUGAAUACAGAACCAUUCAUUUGUGAUGCUUUGCACUUGGGGCAGGGGGGAGGGAGAAUUGCAACAAAGUAAGAGUGUAAGAAGUGAGAUUGUAUAAAGAUGAAGUGUCAUGACAUCAUGUGCAUGGUGCGGAACCUGCUGUUUUAUCUAUUUAUUGUGCUGUGUUUACAGUUUUUGUACACUGUACCUUCAUUGGUUCCUGUGCUGUAGUAAAUGUGUUAGGUAGCUGUGGACUCCUUGGUAUUUUGUAAAUGGUAUUAACAUAACUUGGUUUCCCCUCUGGGUCCUUGAGUUUUUUUUGUGUAUCAUGUGAAAAAUGGUGACAUACAUACAUAAUUUUUAAAAGGCAUCAGUUUAAAAAUGGGGAAUGUACUACUCAAUAUGAUCUUCCUGCUUUAAAAUCACAAGGCAAGUAACAAGCUAAAAAUGAAGUCUCAUGGAUUCUAUUCAACUGACUAGCUCACUUGUGUGCAGUUUCUGGUACUUAAAGCACUAAAGUUAUGUUGCUGCUCUUCAUAUAGCCCCCUCUGUUGUCCCAUUUUUUAAUGCACCCAAAAUAGUGGUGUCAAAUCAAGUAUGCAAAUGGAGUCCUUGCAACUGGAGUUUUAUGUUGUCUUGCCAUUCUUUUGAUCACAAAUUAUAUUUUUUUAUUGUGUAAUUGUUAUUAAAGACUUCAUUCUUCACUUGUUCUCUUUGGGGAAAAAAAGGCUAAAAGGGAAAAGAAUGCAGUAAUUGCUGUACAUGUCUCAUCAUUCCAAUUUCUGAAAACAGCCAGCUUUCCUUCCCCCACCCCCACCCCUUUUCUUUUAAUAUUCUCCAAAAGGCUGCAAGACCAGAACCACAACUGUUGGGUGCCUUUCUUGGAAAUAUUUGCCCUCUCUUCUGUGAAGAGAAUGGUACUUAGGACUCUACUACUAGUGCUUUGUCAGUACCGGUCUGAAUGCCCAUUCUGAUGGCGUACGUUAUCCUUAAGAUUUUUAAUCCCACCUGGAAUUGUGAUAGAACUCUCACAAAAUAAACCCAGGGCAUUACAUGUUGACAGAAGUGUGUGGUGUGUUAUACUAAUUUCAUUUUAUGAAUUUAUUUAUUCUGAGAGAAUGUGAUCCAAAACAGCUGAGCAUGCUUGUUUUAAAUUAAAGUAUUUUAAAAGUAAUGCAAUAAAUUAAUUAACAGGGAUCACUGAUCAGUGGCUUCCAACAAAAUGGGACAAAGAACUGAUCUGGUUUGGAUCUUAAGACCUCACUUCGAACUGGAGUGAAGCAUUGGGUGAAUCAUGUACAAGAAGCCAAAGCAGAAAAAGAUACGUGUAUGUGCUUUUGCAAAAAUUUCCAGAAUCUUUCAAAGUUCAUGUUUACAAAAACAUUAAAAUAAAGUUACAGAUCAUUGCAGACAGAAAUAUCCAGAUGGAUUGUGCUUACCAUAAAAAAAUAAGAUUUCACUGAACAAUUAUUGAGUACAAUGUAAUGGAAAAAUCUCUGAUAAAAUUCCUUUGUCAAGCUUUUCAAUCCUUUACAUUAUUAAUUUUGGCAAGUUACUUUUAUGUGCCUAGUAAUUAUAUCUGAGAAUCUGGAGGUAAAUUAUGUAUUGGGAAGAUCUGGAGGAGAGCAAUUUUUCUGAGAAGAGAGCUUGGCUCUGGGAACUCCAACAUUUUUUAAAGAGAGAAUAUCCCUGUCAUCUGGCUAAGAAAGCAGGAGACUAUGAGUUCUGGUCCCACUUUAGCUAUGAAAGCCAGCUGGGUGACCUUUGGCCAGUCACUCUCUCUUGGCCCAAUUCACCUCAUGGAGCUAUUGUGGGAAAAAUAGGAGGAAGAUACAUUAGAUAUGUUUCCAUGAGUUAUUUGUAAAAAUAAUAAAGGCAGGAUACAAAUAAAUAAAAGUAAAAUCAAUUAAUUUAUAUUGGCAUUUGAAAGAACGUGCUUCACUAUAUAGUGGCUGUCCCAUUUUUUUCACUAAAAGUGCUAAUGAAUCAGAGUGUGUAAACAUGACAUUUUGCUAUCUUUUCCCUUACCAGCUGUAGCAAAGAAACCUAGAGAUGAACAAAUAAUGGAAUAGUUAUGCAAAAAGCAUCUGGAAAGAGACACAAUAGUUUGAAUUUCAUUCACAAAUACUUGAAGAUUAAAAAGAUCUUCACCUAAGUGGGGAAUAUUUUCAGAUGCCAAAUCUGAGAAACUACAGAAUUACUUUUACUAUGGCCACAAUUUUUGUGUUGUAGUUAUUUUCAUUUCAUAAUUGAUAUGCAUUUUGCACAGUGUAUUUUUUCCUAGAUACAAUGCAAAUCUACAAAAUGUCACAAUAGAGCUGGAAAACAAAGUUGUAAUUUCUUUAAAAUAAUUAUGAUCUUUCUUACCUAAUUAAUGUGUAAAACUGAAACAUUAAUACUCAAGCAACUGAAAAAGAUCUUUGUUUUAGCAUAUCACUAGCAUCAUUCAACUACUUAGGUUUUCAAGUAGUUCAUAAUGCUUGAAAAAACAGCAGUGUGUGCAAAGUGGCUGCUUGAAGCAAUGAUUUGACUUUAAGACUCCGGCCAUCCUACUUUUUGGCACAUAGCUCAUUAAGAGUUGGCUAGAUUUUUACUAAUGGGUAUGAUUGCUGAAUCUCUCUGGUUUUGUAUGCAACUAAAAUUGCCAGUUUCCAAAAACUGGAAAUACCAAAGUAGCUUUUAGCACACUAGUCUAAAGAACAUGUAUGCUUUAGUGCAAAAUUGAAAAAUAAGUAAUAAAAAUCCUUGCUUUGAUUCCCCCUCCCAAGGAAAAGAGGGUACCUUCUGGAUGGGUUAAUAAUUUAUAUAAUUAUUCUGUAUUUAGUGUUUCUUUUUGAAUAUAGAUAACAUACUGAACUAUUAAAGUCAGGACUAAGUGUGCUUCACUUGGUAGGUAAAAAUGGUUAGGUUGUGGUUCAAACAUGUAUAAAUCAAUUUCUUAAUAGGCACAGAUGAAAGAAUUAUGCAAAAUCCUGAUAUACCCUUAUAUUAAGACUUUUGCAUUUUAAUCAUUAUAUAAAGCGAUACAUUAUAUUUGUCUCCUCUUUUCUCUUUCCUGACUAGUCCUUUGAUCUCUUCAGGAAGUUAACAUCAUCAAAGGUGACACACCAGUGUUUACCAACACCUGACAACAACUAUUCUCAAAACCUACGCUUUCUCCCAUAAUUUUCAGAGGCUGUGUAAGAAUGGGAUGUACUCUUCCAUAGCUUCUGGAGCUUUUCAAAGUCACACAGAAUGAAGCUUGCUUUACAUUGAGGAGAAGAAAAAGUUCAGCUCAAAAGAAAGUGGAUAGAGCACAACACAUGCAGCAAAUGACUGGCUGAAGCUGGGUCCUAAAGGGAGUCAGACAAGAAACAAAAGGAUUUCAAAGGACCUUGCUUCCGCCACAGCCAUCUAUUUGCUGCAUGUGUUGUACUCUAGUCACUUUUUCUUCUGAGCUGUACUUUUUCUUCAACUUCUUAUCUCAAAUAAGUUGCAGAAAUAUUUUAUUUACUUCUUUCCUUUCCUCUGUUCUUUAGCCUGGCAGUCAUUCAUAAAGAUAAGUUACAGAUUUUGCCACUCUCCAUGCAUUCAGUAAAAGUAGCAAAUUAAGUGGUUGAACGGGAUCAGGAUUGGAGGGCAGAGACAGAGUUUAAUUUCAAUACCUAAUGGUAUCCCUCCCAGCUUUAAUGUUUUGUUUUAUUGAAGAAAUGUGGAUUUCUGGAGGGUAAGCAAGGAAAAGGUUUGGAGAACAUUCUGAAGCUGUCAUCUUUGCAUCCAUGUGGCUGUUUUCCCCAAAUCUAGCAAGAGCCAGGAGUAAUUUGCAGUCUUCCGAGCAGAGCAAAAAGUUCAUCCUGAAGCUACUGCAUUUCCAUGCAGGUGACUGGCUUCCCCAGAGCCAACAGAAGCCAGGAAUGGCUUGUAGUCUCCUGAUCAGGGCAAAAAGCUCUAAAAACAGCUGCCAUUUCUGCAAGGAAUUGUCAGAGUGCUGAAAAUAGCUGCUUCCAGGAGGCAUGAGGAGUGGGUCGAAGCACUGCAGAUUCUCAGCAAGGUGGGAUGGAAUAGAAAGAUGUGCAGUCACAUCCCUGUGGUCAUUCAUAAGGGCAAAUGACCAUAAGGACACUGCAGACACAUUGAAAUGGGGUUGUAUGGUUUUUUUGGGGGGGGGGGUGUUCUGUUGUAACUUUGGCCAUUAUGUGACAGGUUAUAUCUCAAGGACUACCUGUAAUCAACCUUACCAUAAUCUGUAAUUUCUCUAAAAAACAGAGAAACAAAUGACAACAGACAUGAGAUUUUUAAAAUCAACAAGGAGGAAAUUGAAUUUGUUCAAGAAUUUACCUUUCUUGGAUCCAAAAUUGUUCAUGAGGCAGUUCUCCUCCUGAAAUCAAACACAGGAUAAUCUUAGGUAGAACUGCAACAAAAUAAGAUAUGGAAAAACAGAGAUAUUGAUACCAAUAUAAAAAGCAAGUUAGGUUGAUAGUCUUCACUAUAAUGAUGUAUGGGUGCGAGAACUGGACACUAAAAACGCCUGAUUGAAGAAGAAUUGAUGCCUUUGAAGUAUGCUGGUAUAAGUUACUACAUAUAUUAUAGACAGCCAGACCAACUAACAAAGAGGUUUAAAUCAUAUAAAACUGCAUAUCACUGAAAGCUAAAAUCAUAAGACUACGUAUGAUUUACUUUGUUCAUGCUAUGUGUAGAAAUUCAUUAGAGAAGGCAAUGAUGCUAGGAGAAUGGUUAAUGGACGAAGAAGGUGCAAGCAAAGAACAGGUUGGCUUGAUAACAUCAAAUCUGAUGCAAAGUUGAACAUCCAACAAUUGAAAAAUAUGCUUGACAGGGUAGCGUGGAGAUCAGUUGCGUAUAAAGUCAUCCAGAGUCAGACAUGGCUAACUGGUUAAAACAAACAAUUUCUCUAAGUUUGUUAAGAAGGACUUGUUAAAGUUUUUAUCUUGUUUGUUGUUCCUACUUUUUUAUGCUGAUAGCUUGCAUUUGAUCAUCAAACAUCUUUUUAUUGCCUAAUAUUUCAUCCAGUCUCUUUUUUUUGAAGACAUUGUUUUAAAAGUUAAUUGGAUUUUUUUCACGAUAUUUCUUUCUUCUUCCUUUUGUUCCUCAAGUUCACAUAAGUUAAUGGAAUCUUUAUACUGAUUUUAUACUCUGACAGCAUAUUUCUGGCAUAUUGUAGCUACCACUACUACCAUCCAUUAAUACUUUUAAAUUUAAUCUACUUGAUACCAUUAAAUGCCCUGGCAGACUAGAUUGAUUUUUUCUACUAUGCCUAAUACAUAAUCUCUGAUUUCAGUGCUAUCUGUCUACUUAUAUUAUGUCUAUAUGUAAAAUCUGCCUUUAUGUUUUUUGAAACAGGUAUUGGUAAUAAAUGAAGAAUUUAUUCUGCAAAA